AACAAAAAGCAAGUGGUCUUCUACCAAUCAGAGAGCGCGAUUCUGCGAGGCCUUAAAGGUCUACCCACUUUAAAUGGUGGAUUCAUAUCGACCUGACUUAAUCUCAUUAGCCGACCAAGAGCCCCGUAUCGUCGCGUGCCUCGCUCGUGCCAAAACAAUAAGCAAUACAGGUUGCCUUGCCUUUGUCGUCCGUUUCGCCCUGGAGUACUUGUGAUGUCAUUCUUGAAAGGCGCUCGUACUUAAAGGUUGGGCAUGUAUACACCUCUCUUAGAGCAGCACUUCUCCGUCUGUUGGUCCACCUCGUCGGCCGAGAAUCUGCGGCAUCGCUUGAACUUGAACACUUGUAGGAGUGAAGUGAAAGCGCACACACGCGCGCGUUCGAUUGCCUGACUUUCUUCUUCAGUGUGUAUUACCGUCUGCGUCGUAAUAUCCCGCCAAUAUUGGGAAAUCGCAAGCCAGUCAGUGUCCUGGUUUUCGAGUCCUCCAGACCCUUCUCCCUCCUGCCGACCACUUAACAUGAAGUGCUUCACAAACUGGCGGCUAGCACCUCAUUAGAGGACAAACUCAAAAGAGGUGAGAUAUGAUCAAACAUCAUUAAACACUGGCAGAAUCCGAAACUCAUUUCAAUUUAUGAUCAUAUUUCGUGCUUCUGAUAUUGUCAAAGUUGAAGCUCUUGCUUAGAAACGCCAAGACCUGCCAUCAGAUUUCUCCAAUUUAAGUGAUAGCCUAUUUUUACAACGCUCCGUCAAGCACUACAUGAUUUCAGGGCCCCCAUCAACUCAAUACCCUUACCGUUGCUUUCAUCUGCGUUAUCUUCCCGUCAUAAAUUCUAGCCCGUGACAGUUAUAAGCGACGUAGUUCGAGCAGCGAGACGAGCAAUUUACUCUGCGCCGACGAAGUAGGCUCUCGUUCUCUCGCGGGACUCUGAAUUUCUAGAUGGAUUAGCGAAGACGUACUUAGAGCGUCGCCUGCCACCUGCCAGUAUCUCCAUACCCUAUCAACAUUCCUUGGAACGUGCUUCUCACUCACACCGCACACUCUAUCCCUCACCUCGUAAAGAAACCUUCCCAGCUCUACGAAGCAGCCACGGACAUUUAGAAGAUUCAUUCAUCUUUUUGAUAAAUACUUCAAUUAUGGUAUCUCAGCUGAAAAGUGGCAGUUUCGUGUGAUGUAUAUCAUUGAGUGAGCGAUCGGUGCUACCUUCGCUUGGUGCGUACUUCAACCCCAUGCACUCUAGCCCACAAUCAAUGCUCUGCUAGCUACAGUAGAUGUGGACGUAUUAUAUCCAAGGAAGAGCUCGCAGAUAGCCGAAUCCUUUGUAACGCGUGAGUGCCGCGGUGAUUUUAUGACAUAAUAGCGAACAACAAUCUCGUCUGAUAAUUAAUGUCUAAUCAUCCCACGAUUUGUCUAAAUUCUUCGAGGAGAAAAAAACCCCACCGAAUCGUGCUUCCUGACUUGAUAAACUGAAUAGCACCCAUUAGAUUUUUUUAUGAUGGCAUUGGGUUGAUUGAGGGUUAAGUUCCAGUUUUGAAGGAAGAAACAGAUUCGAGACAUUUAAACCUGAUUUAAAGGAACAAAAACAAAACUGUUGUCUUCAUCCAAAGUGUCUUCUUACACGGUAAUUAUCCUGCCUGACAUUCGCCGAGAUGCCUCGCUCUUUCCUUGUAAAGAAGACCAAAUUCUCAUCAUGUUCAGCGCUGUGCCCCCGGGAUAUCGACCCUUACUAUCCAGCAACCCCAGGCAGCCCUACCAUGCCUCAUCAUGGUGUCAGCGUCACAGUCAACAAUGGGUACAUCCAUGACAUCACUCCAUCACCGUCAUCCCCUCCGAGUGAGCCGUUGAUGAUCACCAACCUUCUCAACCAUCACCAUGAAGAACCACCGUCUCUACCAAGCUCACCAGAAACCGUUACAGACUCCACGUCUAGAGACUUUGACAUGGACAGCGGGAUCCUCAGUGUUCAGAGCAAAGGACAGCUUUUUCUGUCCUAUGAAGCAUUUUUGAUAACGGACGGACGAUCACGCCGUCGCGCGUUACAAAACGGUGGCAGCGGUGGGAUGAUCGGACCAGGUAUUGAUCAACAGCACGGCCAGAUAGAUGGAUCCUUAGCCGCCGUAGCCAACAGACCUAAAUACAAGUGCAAUGAGUGCGGGAAGCAGUACGCGACCUCUUCCAAUCUUUCAAGGCACAAGCAAACCCAUCGCAGCCUCGAUAGCCAUCUUGCCAAGAAGUGUGAGGUCUGUGGCAAGGUGUACGUCAGUAUGCCUGCCCUGGCCAUGCACGUGCUUACGCACAACCUGAAACACAAGUGCAAUGUCUGCCACAAGUCCUUCAGCCGUCCCUGGUUGCUCCAAGGCCACAUGCGUUCACAUACGGGCGAGAAGCCCUUCGGCUGUGCACACUGUGGCAAAGCAUUCGCCGACCGCUCCAACCUCCGCGCCCACAUGCAGACGCAUUCGGCUUACAAGAACUACAAGUGCAAGCGUUGCGACAAGUCGUUUGCCCUCAAGUCAUAUCUGAACAAACACUACGAAUCGGCCUGCUUCAAACUGGAUGGAGAGAUUAGAGACGACAUGAUGACGUGUACACCGUCGCCCCUGUCUGAUGCUGAAAAUAUAUCGGUCGAUGGAAACAUUUCUACGUGAUCAAAUUAGGAGAGAACAAUGGAACAAGCAAAUAAGUAUCUUACAAUCCAAUACGAACAAACGCCUUUUAUACGAAUACUAGAUUUUAUAAGAAAAUAUUUCAGUGAGGAGAUACAGCUUAGACAUGUUUGCUGACAUUA